UUAGAAAAAAAACCGUCAACAACUGUAAGCGGUAGCUGAAUGUCCACGUUCACUGUGAUGAUUGACCGCCGUCAGAACAUUCAGCGCCUUAAAUAACAUUACGAGCAGUGGGUUUGUUCAGGAUUAUUCACACGAAGUGUUGCAGAUGACGAGAAAUAGUAGGCUACUAUUAAAACAGAAAACAGUCAGUGCGGCCAUAGCUCAGUGCUAACCAGUCUUGCAGGAUUUGGGCAGAAGUAGACUGAUCAUGAGCACAGAGACUCAUGUGAAGGACAUUAAACCUGGACUCAAGAAUCUCAAUGUCAUCUUCAUCGUGCUGGAAACAGGACGAGUGACGAAGACCAAAGACGGUCAUGAGGUGCGCACAUGUAAAGUGGCUGACAAGACGGGCAGCAUCAGUAUUUCGGUUUGGGACGAAGUCGGUGGCCUCAUCCAGGCUGGUGACAUCAUCAGACUUACCAAAGGUUAUGCCUCAGUUUUUAAAGGCUGUUUGACGCUGUACACUGGAAGGGGAGGUGAACUACAGAAGAUUGGAGAAUUCUGCAUGGUGUAUUCAGAGGUGCCAAACUUUAGUGAGCCAAAUCCAGAAUAUUUGGCCCAGAUGAAUAAAACGGGACUGAAUGACCAGAGCAACACGAUCAGCAGCACUGGUGCACCUGCAGGUAAUGACACUCCCAAUGGAAAUGGGGUGAAUUCUCAAGGCUCUGGCAACUCUAGUAAUCCACAGCCGGGUGGACGAGCAAGCAGUGGAAAUGGAAACAGGUCGACACCAAGUCCAGGUUCUGUGAGCAAUGGCAAGGAGACACGGCGAACGGUCAAAAGAUGAUUUGGUUCAAUCAUAAAUCAGCAUACAGUAAUCAUUUCAAAAUGGAUGUGAGCAGCUGUUUGUCAUGUCUCAUGUGAAGACAUGUAUUGCUAAACUUUGAGCUUAAUGCUUUCAUAUAUAUAUUUGUUUAACUCUAUGGAUUGUCCGGUCUUGUAAAAUCACACGUGUUUUAAGGUAUUGAUCAAUUCCUGUUUUUUCUUGUUUUAUAUUCUCCAGAAUGAACACACUAAGCUAUUGUAGUUUCUAGUCCAACUUCUGAUUGUUAGUCAACUUUUGAUUAUCAGUUUCAACAUUAAUAUUCAGUCAUUAUUAAAAUGCCAGGUUUGUCAUCUAAAAUAAGUCUUAGCAGGUCAAUGAAACCAAUGAAGCCAACAAGCAGAUGAGAAAAAUGGAAAGACAGACAACAGCUGUCGAGAUUUGUUAUAUGAUAAGUUAUAGUGCCCUCUAAGACCAGAAUCUGAUCACAUUCGAUAUAUUCUCCCAAGAUCCCCAGAAGUUUUGAACUUCGAAUAUUGCAAGUUAGUCAUUAUGGGGCAAGGCUAACAAAUUUCCAUGAAAAUUAGAUAAGCGUCCUGUGAUGAGUUUGAAAAGUAGGUGUUUUGGAAACAUCUACAGCUAAACAGCUGAACAUUUUCCCAGCCGGAAAUGGAAAACUGUCAUCAAUGAUCACGAUUUGAUCGAAGAGAGCUUCUUGGAUUCCUAAAAAAUCUGAUGUUCCACAUGAGACCCACUCCAAAACUGUUUACAGCAAAUACCAUUGUAACUGUUGUCCAUCACAGAGGGUUUUUGAAACAGAAAAGCCAAAUAAAAAGAAGCUGUGAGAACAUUUAUUUCUAAAACACUGAAAACAUGCAACCAUUAAACCUUUUUUUUAUUUGCAGUUUUUCAGCUAUCUUUU